AUGGCAGAGCUCGGCCUCGAACAGACAGGAACAGUCGAAGAGCCGCGAAGACGUUUCUCUUCAUUUAUACAAGAAGAAAGUAACAACGAAGACUACCAAACGCGGUUCGAAGAGCUAGAAGCGAAACACUCGAAGCCUGCGCUGAAUGUUACCGCAGCAACACCAAGUGGAAGCCAGGGAGCCAGUGUAAUGCAGUCACCAAUGCCCGUUGACGCGUUUGAGACACCACAGCCAUUCGCAACGUAUCCUACGACAUCGCUGGCAACAAUCAUGGACCGAGUCCGUAAGUGGGGUUUCAAAUACGACGGCGGCCGAGACCCGCUCAGCUUGAUCGAACGUGUAGAAGAAUUGGCGGAAGUAUACGAGGUGAAUCGUGACUUGUUACCGCGAGCGAUGCCAGAACUACUUAAGGAGAAGGCGUUGACAUGGUUCCGCAGUAAUAACCGGGAUUGGCGACAAUGGGAGGACUUCAAGAGAGACUUUCUAAGGUUCUUCUUAAACUCUCGCUACCACGAAACCUUAGACGAUGAGAUCCGUCGUAGCGUCCAACAACAGAACGAGAAGUUUAAAGACUAUGUGUUGGCCCUUCAGAGUCUGAUGCGACACGCGAACUACACCUCAGAGCAGAAGCUGACGCGUAUCUACAGAAACUCCAGAAGCGAGUUCCAAUGGUACGUCAAACGAUCCGAGUUCACCACCCUAGAAGAGCUACGUGCGUUAGACCAAGUUAUCGGUCCAGAACUAGAGCCGUAUGCUUUUGCCUACCUGGAUGACAUUAUUGUCAUCAGCGCAACCCUGCAAGAGCACGUCCAACAUCUUUCGGAGGUCUUCCGACGGCUUAGGCAGGCGAAUCUUAGGAUCAACUCAGAAAAAUGCGAGUUUUUCAAGAAGCAGUUGAAGUAUCUGGGUCACGUCGUCAUCGAGAAGGGCAUUCACACCGAUCCUGAGAACGUCGCGGCUAUCAAAGAGCUGACACCACCGACAAAUAUAAGGGAGCUACGCAGGUUCCUACGGAUAAAUUCAUGGUACCGAAGAUUUGUCCCCGACUUUUCCAAAGUGGCGCAUGCGCUGACGUCCAUGCUAAAGACGGGCCACAAGUGGAAAUGGAACGACGAGCAACAGACAGCGUUCGAGGCGCUGAAGAACGCGUUAACCGAGGCACCAGUGUUGGCUUUCCCCGACUUUACGCAGAAGUUCACUCUGCAAAUAGACGCGAGCGACUACAGGCUGGGAGCUGUUCUCACCCAAGAGAUUGAAGGAACAGAACGCGUAAUCGCAUAUGCGAGUCGCCGGCUUAACAAGGCCGAACUUAAUUAUUCACCAACGGAGAAAGAGUGCCUGGCCAUAGUGUGGGCGAUCAGAAAAAUGAGACCCUACCUAGAAGGAUAUACGUUUACCGUCACCACCGACCACUUAGCGCUUAAAUGGCUGAGUAAGAUAGAGAGUCCAUCCGGUCGGAUUGCAAGGUGGGCGCUGGAACUGCAGCAGUACUCCUUCGAUGUGCAGUAUCGCAAGGGUAAGCUGAAUGUGGUAGCAGACGCGCUGUCAAGACAGCCCCAGGAAACAUUGCUUGGUUCGAUGACGGCGGGAGGAGUAGCGGUAGAGUACAAGUGGCUGAAAGACAAGAUGGCGGAGGUGGAGAAGUCUCCACAGAAGUUUCCUGACUUUGUCAUCGAAAAUGACAGUAUCCAUGUACGCGGAGCACCCACAUUGGAGUGUGGAAAUUUGCAGAAGGAACAUCACUUGAAAACGGAAACUUCAUCACAUAACCUCAACGAGCACGUGCAAAUUGCAAUUAACCAUAGCAUUGUAACUUAUAGCAACAGGUACGAGCGCCAUCGGUAUGCACAAUUAUAUUGA